AUGUUCUCGCUACAGGAGAUUCUCAGCUCACCGAUGCUCUCCGCCUUAGCGCAGCCUUCGAUUUCGACUCCACCGCAAAACUUUGGGGUGCCCUUUAAUGCUCAACUAUACAUGUUUAUGAAUGCCCAUCUGCAAAAUAUGUUCACUUCUCUUCAAAGAAACAACAAAGUGAAAGAAGAAGUAGAAGAAAAUGAGGAGCAUAAAACGCAAUGUUCGUUCUCGAUCGACAACCUGCUGCGACCGGAAAGCGAAGAGAAGCAGAACUCGAAUACCCCCGAUUCGGACGUGACGACGUACACACUCGAUGCUCUCGAAGUAUCCGAUGGGCGAACGAAGAACACGCGAAAAAAACGUCUUUAUAAAAAAUUGGAAAAAUACGUCCAUAGCAUUUUCUCCAAACCAUAUCACCAGGAUGCAACAAACGUACUUUACACUUCAGAUUCUCCGACUCACGAUGUGUUUGUGAUCAAUGCGGGAAAUCUUAUGCAACAACAAACACAUCGUCCUUUGGACAGUGAACAUGCUAAGCAGUGCCCUCAUUGCGAUCGAGUCUACGUGAGUAUGCCAGCGUUGAGUAUGCACAUCCUGACUCACAAAGCCAACCACAAAUGCGAGAUUUGCGGAAAAGUAUUCUCAAGGCUGUGGUUGUUACAGGGUCACCUACGUUCUCACACUGGUCAACGUCCAUUCGGUUGUGCACAUUGUGGAAAAAGUUUCGCGGAUAGGAGCAACUUGAGGGCACAUAUUCUUACUCAUACAGCAAAGUCUUGCCGAGGAGCCCAGGAUUAUGAUCAUCAUGUUGUCAAAGCGUUGCUCAAUACAUGCAAAUUAUUGAUGGUAGAACGAGCUCUUGCAAGAGUUUUUCGUCCGUCCGUUAACUUUGUUCGUAGAAUUUCAGGCGAAAAGAAGUACUCCUGCAAAAGUUGUGGUCGACGUUUCGCUCUGCGCAGCUACCUGAAUCGCCAUAUGGAAACCUCGUGCAAAUCCGAAAAUAAUUAA